ACGGUUUCAUUCUUCUACAAAACUGACGCAAGAGACAGAGUUCUGAGGGCAAUCCUUGCCAACGGAAACUGCGACAUACCCCCAACAUUCCUGUUUGUGACCCAAGGAAACGAUCUUCAUUGCGAAAUGGAUGUUGUAGACCGGGGUGCAUUUUUUAGAAAGAGGAUACCAAAAUUAUGCAAAUACUCAGAUAUAUUUAAACAGCUACCAGAAGACAGUUGGGUGGGUGUGGUGACAACUUUUAACUCACUUAAGAUACACACCAGGGUGAAAAUAAUGAAAACUGGAGAAAUACGGGAGGGGAACAGUACCUUAUGUGUAGGUUCCGUUCCGGCGACUCUGGCUCCUCUGAAUAUUGGACGUGACUUGUACUGUAUCAAACAAAAUGGUCGCUCCCUCGCUGGUAACUUUGUAGGAAAACUAGAUCAGGUUCAAAUAUACAGAAGAGCUCUGGAAUCCUGGGAAACAGACAGAGUGCUUGCCGGGGAGGUCAAUAUCAGGACUUAGACUGGGUUUCCAUACCUAGAUCGAUCUAAGAGAAUCGAUCCAUCUCCGAGGGGUUUCUCGCUUAAUU